CCUCUCCGCCAGCACCCUGUCCAUGUCCUCCGGGAGCAGCCUGGGCUCCCUGGCCUCCAGCCGGGGGUCCCUGAACACGUCCAGCAGAGGGUCGCUCAACUCUCUCAGCUCCAGCGAGCUCUACUACACCAGCCAGGGCGACCAGCUGGACGCGGAUUAUCAGUACAAACUGGACUUCCUCCUGCAGGAGAAAGGCGGCUACAUGCCUUCCGGCCCCAUCACCACCAUCCACGAACACGAGGUGGCCAAAUCCCCCAGCCAGCCUGGCCAGAGUGGUCCCGGGGGGGCGGCGGCCGCAGCCCCCGGCCGCCCCGCCCCCCUGGCCGAGGCCCCCAAGUCCGUGACAUCCCUGUCCUCGAGGUCCUCCCUGUCCUCCCUGUCCCCGCCCGGCUCCCCCCUGGGCUUGGAAGGCGCGUUCCCCAUGUCUGCGCACGACGGCCCGCUCCAUCCGCUCUCUGCUGACUUGGAGGACUGCGAGCUGAGCGGCCACUUCGAAGACAUCAGCCUCGGAGAGCAUCAGCUACUGCUGGACCCUGACCCGGGAGGAGCGCCCCCGUCUCUGCUGGACGGGAUCAAGGAGCUCCGCGAGUGUGCUCAGGAGCCUCUGUAUGAGGGGCCCGCAGAUGUGGAAAAAUCGUUACCAAAAAGAAGGGGAAUCCACUUGCUGGGGGAGAAGACCGCCUGUGUGUCAGCUGCGGUCUCGGAUGAGUCAGUGGCUGGGGACAGCGGGGUCUACGAAGCGUUCGUGAAACAGCCCAGUGAGGUCGAGGACGUGCCGUACAAUGAGGAGGACGCCACGGUCAUGGAGACGGCCCAGGUGCAGAUCGGGCUGAGAUAUGAUCCAAAAAGGUCGAGUUUUAUGGUGCUGGUAGCACAACUCCGAAAUCUGCAUGCCUUCCUGAUACCUCACUCUUCAAAAGUGUAUUUCCGGGUUGCCCUGCUUCCCUCCUCAAGUGACGUCAGCUGCCUGUUUCGAACGAAAGUGCACCCAGCUGCGGAGUCCCUGCUCUUCAAUGAUGUGUUCAGGGUGGCCGUCUCCCAGACGGCCCUGCAGCAGAAGACCCUGAGGGUGGACCUGUGCUCCGUCGGGAAGCCCCGCAGGGAGGAGUGCCUGGCGGGAACUCAGAUCAGCCUGGCGGACCUACCCUUUUCCAAUGAGAUUUUCACUCUGUGGUAUAACUUGCUUCCUUCAAAGCAAAUUCCCUGCAAGAAGAACGAAGAGGAUACUGAGGACUCGGUAUUUCAACCAAGCCAGCCGCUCGUGGAUUCCGUAGACUUGGAUGCAGUGUCAGCCUUACUUGCAAGAACAUCAGCGGAGCUGUUGGCCGUGGAACAAGAGUUAGCACAAGAAGAAGAACCAGGGAAGGAAGAAGAGCACAGAGGUCCAGAUGGAGAUUGGUUGGCCAUGCUGAGAGAGGCCUCAGAUGAAGUUGUGGCCGAGGAAGGGGACAAAGUGAAAUUGGCGGAGGGCAGUCGCUGUGCAGAAGAUGUAAGCCCACGCCCACGUGUGCCCGAGAUGGACAAGGACACAAGUAGGAAAGAAAGCAGCUGUGCCAAUGACCUUGGGAGUCAGCCCCCCACAGGGACACCGGCCCUGGUUGAUAAAGAGACAAAUACCGACGAGGCCGGUGGUACCAGCUUGGCCGUGCGCCCCAAAGACCGCAGCAGCCUCAGCUCACGCCAGCACACCUUCGUGAGGAGCAGCGUGAUCGUGCGCUCGCAGACCUUCUCCCCCGGGGAGCGGAGCCAGUACGUGUGCAGGUUAAAUCGAAGUGACAGUGACAGUUCAACACUGGCUAAAAAAUCGCUAUUUGUGAGGAACUCCACCGAACGGCGAAGUUUGAGAGUCAAGAGGGCGGUGUGCCAGCCGGUCCUCCGGAGGGCGGCGCCCGAGUGCCCCGUGCGGACCUCCCUGGACCUGGAGUUGGACCUGCAGGCCUCCCUGACCCGGCAGAGCCGCCUCAACGACGAGCUGCAGGCCCUGAGGGGCCUGAGGCAGAGGCUCGAGGAGCUGAAGGCCCAGGGCGAGACGGACCUGCCGCCGGGCGUGCUGGACGACGAACGCUUCCAGAAGCUCCUGAGACAGGCGGGGAAGCAGGCCGAGCAGUCCAAAGAGGAGCAGAAGCAGGACCUGAACGCGGAGAAGCUGAUGCGGCAGGUGUCCAAGGAUGUGUGCCGGCUCCGCGAGCAGAGCCGCAAGGUGCCCCGACAGGUGCAGUCCUUCCGGGAGAAGAUUGCCUACUUCACCAGAGCGAAGAUAACCAUCCCGUCCCUGCCCGCUGAUGACGUGUGACCACAUCACCGACAAGCUCGUGUUUUUCACCUCUUCAUUUCUUAGGGAGGGCAAAAGACGGAACAUGCAUCUUGUUCGGGAUUUUGUUUUGUAAUAUAACCGUCAACUCUUAAAGAGCUUUUAUUUCACGUCAGAUUUUCAAACAUGUUAAUUUGUAAAGUACCUUGAAUAUAAUUCUAAUUUGUUUAAAAAAAGAGAAAAAAAAAAUCAGAUAACCAAACGGGAUCACCCGGUACCCAAAUGUACAGUAUCGCCAGUGGGCUUUAUUUUGUAGAAAUGGAAUAGAGGCAGGACCCCACGUGUAUCCCGUUGGACCGACUGUUGAGAAAUAACUUGGUUUAGCAGAAGGCAGUUUUCGCUUUUCCUUUGUCCUCCUAUGAGCAACCGUGAGGCUGGCAGCAGGGACCCUGGGUGCCAGAAGGCGGCUCCUUCCACGGGAGCAGGAGCCUCAGUGCAGGGUCUCAGGUCCACGUGGGACAGAGGGUGCAUUCAUCUCCAUCACCUCUGUCGGAACACUGUGUCCUGGGAACAGCUUCCUUUUUGUCCUUUUCUGUGUGUCUAAAGAAAAUGAAAACAAAACCUGAGUAUGAGAAGGUAAGGAUGCAAAGGAACCAUUCUCCUAGUGACACUUCACUUCUCGUGAUGUGUGACUUUAAAGGCAGGGAGACGAAAGGGGAAGAAGGCCAGUUCGCCUCCAACACAACAGCAUCAGCACGUUAGCAAGCAGCCGCUGCUUCUCAGUCGGCAUGAGUGUAAGUGUUCACACCCGAGUUUCUGGCGUGCGCCAGGCAGGUUGGGUGCUCGGCGUGAGGGUGGUACCCGGUGGAUGAAGGUGGGGGCCCGGGGCUCUGAGGACCGGCAAUGCCAGCGAUGCAGGCGGAGACGCAUCAGCUGCAUGUGGUGCAACCGGGCGCAGAAGAAGGGGUGUCUUGACUGAAUCAGGGUUGCCAAAUACUUCAGUAAACCAAUUUCUUCCAACCUUUACUAGAAGUUACUUUGCAGCUGUCAUUUUUAGGGAAUCCUGUCUGUAGCUUGUGGUAAGCAGUUAGGACGCAAAGAGAAGAGAGUGCCUGGGGAGAUGAUUAAAUUAAAGUAAAGUCUGAGUCACUUGUUUAAAAAAUAUAUAUAUUCCAGACGAACAAGAUGGGAACCAACUAAAGUUCCCUCCGGUGGAGAAUUUUAGCUUGCCCAACUCAAGCACUUCUUAAAAGAAACAAAUCCCCAGGAUAGCCCUGCCUGCAUACAAGGCUUUUAAAAUAAACAGUUUUUGUGCAAGUUAAGCCAUACUUGCUACCCAGUCUGUAAUACUGGAAGGGGCAGUGUUUGGUGAGCCACCUUAGGUAGCAAGUGAAAUCAAUUUUUUUUUUUAAGAGAUGAAAAAAUCAUCUUAAAGGAAUGGGUCCCAUAAAAAAAGAAACACGCGUUCUAUUCCUAAGCUAGAGUCCUCAUUGGUUAAGAAUUUAUAUUUGAAAGCAAUUACACAUGUUUUGGAAAGUUCAUUUUUCAGAAUCAGAAUUCAAAUCAAGCCAUUUCUGAGCCUAGAACUGUAAUGACUUUUCCUAAGUGUCCCCACCAUUUAUGUACAAAAGUCUCUGAAGUGAUAACUGGACGUGACACUACUUUGAACAAAAACCAGUCUCGUGAAUUGACUGAACACAGUCCUUGCAGGCGGCCCAGUUCAUCCUGUUAGGUGACCUAGGAGAACUGGAAAAAGAGCUCUGUUCCUCCUUGUCAAGGUCAAAUGUGAAAAACAGAAGUUUAUUUAAUGUAGAGUUAAAUGAAGGUCAGCUGUCUUCAGCUUCUCAGUGUGACCAUGAAAAUGUUUAUAGGAUUAUGUGUGGUUGUACCGUACGAUUUUAUUUUCUUCAUUUAUUUAUUUACGGUCUUAUUUAUGUUCUGUUUAAUAUAUAGUUUGGUUCUGGCCAUCUUAAAUGUUUGACAUAGAAGAGGCUAUAUUGGAAUAUUUACAGCUUUAUAAAUUCCAUCAGAUUAGCUGUUAACUUUUUGUACUACGCAAGAGUUUCAGACAAGCAUAAAAGAAUAAAACCUGUCUCAGGCCGGUAGUUAGCAGUUGUAUGCAAGAUGCUUUGGUUUUAUUUUACAGCAUUUGCUCAUUUCUAACAUGAGAGGCAAACUUAUUUUAAUAUAAUCCUUUUUCACACUUUAAAAAUCAGCAAUAGUGUUAUGUAUUUAUAGGCAGCUUUUAACAAUCCUGUUGUAUUUGUACUAACCCAAAUGAUUCACAGUGACAAAACAUUUUAAUAACUUGAUCACAAAACCAUCUGGACAACAUGAAUUUUAAUAUUAUAAAUACUAUUUUUUAAAGGUAGAAUUUAUUCUUCACAGGGUAAAAAGAAUGUAAUAUUUAGUUCUCAAGUUUGAAUUAUCAGUAUGUUAUUACAAUUUUGUAUAUCAGAAUCUAAGUGUUACAGGUACAAAAAGAAUAUUGCUAGCCAAAUGAACAAAGUUUAGCUGAAUCUCUGUAGCAUGCAAAUCAAAUAAAUUUAAAAUCUUUUUUGGUAUUACUUUAUAUUGUAUUAAAUAUCAAAAGCUCAGGACUGAAACUAAAUAUUUAAUCAGGUUAAAUUCUGAAUAUGUUUCUGUUUUAAUUUGUCUUGUUUGUAAAAGUAUGCAAAUACAUCACAUAGAUUAACUCUGGUUUCUGCACUUUUCAUGUGUUCAUGGGUGGAAAAAAAAUUCAGUGUUUGUUUUUUUUUUAAACAAAGAUACAUAUUGCCUAAUA